AUGACUAGAAGUACAGGCCUCAUACUCCGCUCCAUUCUUCCUUCUUACAUCCACCAUCGUAGGAGAUAUACGGAGGGAGGGACCCUUGGGCCAUGCUCAAAGUGCAUCCUAGAAGGCCAUCAAUGCAUGCCAGCCACCUCGAGAAGAGGGGGUGACUACUCUCGCUUCCGGGGUCGACGUCAUGGACACGCCGAGACGCAGCCUCCAAGGGUCAGUGAGCACGGCGAAACCAAGACAGAACUACAACCGAGUGCAUUGCACGCCGAAACUGUGGGGGUGGACAAUGACACUCUUUUUCGUGGGGGUGUUCGAAACCCCUUAGAAGCUCUUCAAAUCCUCGCUCAGACGGCCGCCACUGCGGGGGAUGACAGCAUACCUUCGCCUGAGAGGCCUUCUCAAAGAUCGGAUGGCACAGGGCGUGCAGUGGGGAAGUCUGUGCAUCAUGAUUCACGAGAGCAACCCAAGGGAUCAAUAAUGGCCACAGAGAUCAUCAAGGAGGGUAUCAUCGACGAACUGGACCUCGAACCCCUGGUACAAUACAAUCUAUUAUACACAAAAGACCGCAAGCACCUAUGGGCUACAGAGACGUUCCUCCUCGCCUCCGUCCUUACAAUAGCCACUCAGAACAGGCCGGAUCAGAAGCACCUUCACAUCCGAAUCAGAGGGUAUAUCGAUAAGCUAAUACUUCGUGUCACUCUUGGCGCUAGAAGUGUGCGGCAAGUUGGGACCGUAGAAGGCUUACUGCUUCUAGCCGAGUGGAUGCCACAUCUAAUGCUCUCCCAGGAUCAGCCCUACAGUAACAACUUUGGACAAAACAGCGCAUACGACGAGGACUGUGUAGCCUGGAACCUGAUAGGUCUUGCAGUCAGACAGGCAUAUUUGUUACAUCUGGAAAAGCAAUCCUUCCCCUGGGAGGUGGAGUCGGAGCCAUGCAGUAUGCGCUGCCGGCGACGACUAGCAUGGAUAUUUACCUAUCUGGCCGACCGGCACAUAUCAAUCCAAAUGGGCCAAGCAUUCUGGUCCCGCGGACCAAGUCUAUCCACCAGAUUCAGCACCCAAGAUUACCCAUCACUACAACCGGCCAUUACUGGCGGAACAGACUACGCCUCCUUCAUACAGGCGCAAGUAGAGCUAACAACCAUCUUCGGGAAUAUCCACGACAUCCUCUACGCAUUAAAGUCGCGCACACUUCAGCUAAUGCUGGUUGGAGACUACUCCAAAUAUCUCGACGAUUCCGCCAAAGCAAUGGAGAUGUGGAAGGGAACCUGGUCAAACGUCGACAUUCCCUCCACUCUGUGUUGUCUCCUCACACUACAUGUCAUGGCCAGCCCCGACGCUCGCCACAUCUACGCAGCCAUCAACGCAGCAAGAAGUUUACUUCAAACGCUCGUGGAAGAGAUAACUCCAUCCGACAUUGUGAAAUUUCUUCCUGUUCGCUAUUACCUCUACGAAAUCUACGCCUCCGUAUUCCUCUUCAAAGCCUACUCCGUCGGAGCCAUCUCGCCCGAAGAAUCUCACGCCUGCUUCACCCUAACCCUGCAAUUCAUCUCUAUGCUCAAAGGCGCCGCUACAAGCCAAACGCAUAUUGCUCAUCGCUACGCUAAAUUACUAGGUCAUCUAUGGUGUCAUGGCAAGGUUACUCCUGAGUCGCAUCAGGGAAGUGCUAUCCAGGAGAGCGAAUUUACCAGUCUGCAACAGUACACGGCUGAUGCGCCUGUAGAUUCUGGGGAUUUUCUUCAACCAGUCAAUGUGGAUACUGAUUUCAUGGAUGCGUUUUCGGGUUCUCUGCCGCUAGAUUUGGACCGCUCUUGGGAUUCUGGAUUUUACGAUGAGACGCUGUUCUCUAGUUUGCCUUUUUUUCGUGGAUUUCGGGAGCUAGAGGGGGGUUAUGUUCCGUGA